AUGGCCUAUGACCGCUAUAUUGCCAUCUGCAAACCCCUGCACUACGGGAGCCUCCUGGGCAGCAGAGCUUGUGCCCAGAUGGCAGAAGCUGCCUGGGGCAGUGGUUUUCUCAAUGCUGUGCUGCACACGGCCAAUACCUUUUCCCUCCCCCUCUGCCAAGGCAAUACCCUGGACCAGUUCUUCUGUGAAAUUCCCCAGAUCCUCAAGCUCUCCUGCUCAGAUGCCUACCUCAGGGAAGGUCGUCUUAUCAUGUUUAGUGCCUGUUUAACCAUUGGUUGUUUUGUUUUCAUUGUGGUGUCCUAUGUGCAAAUCUUCAGGGCAGUGCUGAGGAUGCCCUCGGAGCAAGGAAGGCACAAAGCCUUUUCCACGUGCCUCCCUCACCUGGCCGUGGUCUCUCUGUUUCUCAGCACUGUCAUGUUUGCCCAUCUUAAGCCCCCCUCGAUCACUUCCCCAUCCCUGGACCUGGUGAUUUCAUUUCUGUACUCAGUGGUGCCUCCAACAGUGAACCCAAUCAUCUACAGCAUGAGGAACCAGGAGCUCAAGGAUGUCUUAAGGAAACUGAUGCAUUAA